AUGGCCGGUUGCAGCUGCGAGACUCGGCGCGAGAUCUGGACCGUUUGCGCCCACACAAAGGUGACGACAGAGUUGUGCUGGCAGCCCGGCAACCGCGACUGCGCCCGCGCGCACAAGUUCGACAUGCACAUCGGCUGGUGUGCCGCAUGCGAAGACUACUACGGCAGCAAUCUGCUCCGGCGUGACGGCUCUGUCAUCAGCUUCUGGCGAUGCUUGGAGCGCCUUCAAGUGCGCACGCCUAUGUUCAUCGGCUUCGUUUCGCCGGAGACGCUGGCCGGCGACGAGUACGGCACCAGCCGACAGGUGCCUGUGGCGCCGUGUGAGGCCUUCAAGUUUGCACUCGGCAACAUGAUGCGCCGCACGGGCGACGGGCGCGAGGCAACGCGGGUGGCGAUGGGCCGGACGGAUCUGGAGGGCGGCGGUCCCGACGAGGGCAUCGACCAUACGCGAUACGCAGCUUACAUGGAGAGUGUGUCGGUGAUCAUGACGCUGACACUCGACUGGGCACAUGCCAAUGUGAUGCGCGAGGUCGACGUCGACCCGUAUGCCACCUUUGACAUGGUUCAAAUGUACCAGCAGGCCGACGAGGUGAGCGACCGGUCGCCCUCGUCUUCCGAGACAGAGUCCUUCCCUGUCCUUGGCGACGAAGAUGAGGAUGAGUGUGAGAGCGAGCGCGAACGCGGCCGCUCCGCUCACUCAGAUCGCCGCAUAUCGGUUGGCUCGACUUACUGGGAACCAGGUAGUUGA